AUGGAGAUGUCGAAAUGCGCCUCUAAAUCGGAACCCGACACCUGCGAAUAUUACACGACCAUUCAGUAUGACUCGAUGUGCAGACUCCUCAGGCAGAAAAGCGAACCUUGGUACGGAUACUUCAACUCCACGACGAUGCCGAUAACGUGUCCAUUCCCUAAGGGCGCCUGGGAGAUGAAGGGCAUUAAGAUUGGCCUGAGUUCCGCCUUCCCGCUCCUCAACGGCUUCUGGAGGUUCAAGAACCGAUGUUACGGCAAGAACAAGAAGCUCAACUGCUGCUUCUUCAUGGAGAUGACCGUCAGCAGCCACUUCGGAAGGAAGGUCUGA